UCUGAGGAGCCUUUGCUUCUCAGCUGGGAUCUCCUCCAAGUCCUGGUCCUCACCUGUCGGAGGACAAAUGUACCCCUGCACCGGAGCGCGCGUCCCUUCCGCAGGGUGAGCGCCAGUAGGAACAGCAGGAGCCCCCGGCCGGGGAAGCACUCUGGAGACGAGUCGGUAAGGAGAUGGAGACUCAAGGGGCAGCUCCGGGCGCGGAACCAGGAGUCAAGGAGCCGAAACUGCCCAACCAACUGCUACCUGAGCUGUACAGCUUCGUGGCUCGGGUGCUGCUAUAUCUGGCGCCCGUCUACCUGGCCGGCUACCUGGGGCUGAGUCUCACCUGGCUGAUCCUUGGAGCUUUCCUGUGGAUGUGGUGGCGCAAGAACCGGCGCUGGAAGCACUCGCGCCUCGCCGCCGCCUUCGAGUUCUUGGACAAUGAGCGUCAGUUCAUCAGCAAGGAGCUCCGGGAACAGCAGCUACCUGCCUGGAUUCACUUUCCAGAUGUGGAACGGGUUGAAUGGGUCAACAAGAUCAUAUCACAAACCUGGCCCUACCUUGGCAUACUCAUGGAAAAGAAAUUUCGAGAAAAACUUGAGCCAAAGAUCAGAGAAAAAAGCAUCCAUCUGAAAACUUUCACCUUCACCAAGCUGUGCUUUGGACAAAAGUGUCCCAAGGUCAAUGGUGUCAAGGCCCAUACCAGUCAGUGUAACCGAAGACGGAUUAUCUUAGAUCUUCAGAUAUGCUAUAUAGGAGACUGUGAGAUCAGUGUGGAGAUACAAAAAAUGCCUGCUGGGGUGAAUGGUAUACAGUUACAGGGCACUCUACGUGUGAUCCUUGAACCUCUUCUUUUUGAUAAGCCAUUUAUAGGAGCUGUGACUGUAUUUUUCCUUCAAAAGCCUCACCUGCAGAUAAAUUGGACUGGCCUGAUGAACCUCCUUGAUGCUCCAGGUAUCAAUGACGUGUCGGACAGCAUAUUUGAAGACCUCAUUGCUGCACACCUUGUGUUGCCAAACAGAGUGACAGUCCCUGUGAAGAAAGGGCUGAAUAUAACCAACCUCCGGUUCCCACUACCUUGCGGAGUUAUCAGAGUUUACUUGUUGGAGGCUGAAAAAUUAGAACGAAAAGAUGGUUUCCUGGGGUUGAAAGGAAAGUCAGAUCCAUAUGCUCAGGUGACUAUUGGCCUCCAAAAUUUCCGGAGCAAGACUGUCUACAGGAACUUGAACCCUACCUGGAAUGAAGUUUUUGAGUUUAUAGUUUAUGAAGUCCCGGGGCAGGACCUGGAAGUGGAUUUGUAUGAUGAAGAUACAGAUAAAGAUGACUUUCUGGGCAGCCUCCAGAUCAACCUUGGAGAUGUCAUGAAGAACUGUGUGGUGGAUGAGUGGUUUGUUUUGAACAACACUAGAAGUGGCCGGCUACACCUGAAGGUUGAGUGGCUUUCUCUGACUACCUACCAGGAGGUUAUGGCUGAGGAUCCCAAUGGCCUCUCAACUGCCAUCCUUGUUGUCUUCCUAGAAGGUGCCUGCAAUUUACCAAGAAAUCCUUUUGAGUAUAUGAAUGGUGAAUACAGAGCCAAGAAAUUAUCCAGGUGUGCCAGGAAUAAGAUGGACAGAGAACCCUCUGCCUAUGUCAAAAUGUGUGUGGGUCGGACAACUCAGACAAGUAAGACAUGUGCCAACAGCAAGGAUCCCAUUUGGAGCCAGACCUUCACAUUCUUUGUUUACAGUGUGGCCACAGAACAGUUACAUCUAAAGGUGAUUGAUGAUGACCAAGAGUGUGCCUUGGGCAUUCUGGAGCUUCCUUUGGGCCAGAUCCUCACCUACUCAGACAUGACCAUUGAACAGCGAUUUCAGCUGGACUGCUCUGGCCUGGAUAGCCUCAUUUCUAUGAAGCUAGUACUUCGGUUUCUACAUAUGGAGGAUCGAGAACCAGGCACACCAUACACGGGCCCAGAGGUCCUGAAGAAAGGACCUGUGUUUAUCAAAAGACCUGAAGUCAACCAGGAGUCAAAAACCCCAUCCCAGGAACAUGAUUCCACACUUCCACUUCAAUCCCAGACCUCUGGAACUUCCGACACCGAGCAAGCCAACAAAAAUACCUCAGCUACACUCAUUCCUCAGGAGAAGGGCUCAGAACCCAAAGGCAAGGGCAGUGACAGCAGACCCCAAGAACAAAUGGGGAUCAAAAGCACAACCACCAUGUUCUUGACUGUGCCUGGCUCCCAUUCUCCAGGACCCAUCAAGUCACCUAGACCUAUGAAAUGCCAUGCCACCCCAUUUUCUUGGCCACAUAAAAAGAUGUCUCCCAGCAUGUCUUCACUCAACUCCAUGGCCUCCUCAUGCUUUGACAUGACAGGGAGCAGUCUAACCAUUGAUACUGAUGAGAACUGCCAACCACUUGGAGAGAUUCAGCUCACUGUCCGCUACAUGUCCCUUCGACAUAACCUUGUGGUUCUCAUUAAUGGCUGCAGGAAUUUGAGACCCUGUUGUAGCAGUGGAGUUGAUCCUUAUGUCCGAGUAUACUUGUUGCCUGAAAGGAAGUGGACAAGCCGGAAGAAGACAUCAGUAAAGCGGAAAACCCUAAAUCCCCAGUAUGAUGAAAAAUUUGAAUUUUGUGUCCCUAUGGAAGAAGUGAAGAAAAGAACACUGGAUAUUGCAGUUAAAAAUCACAGGCCAUUUGGUUCACACAAAAGAAAAGAACUGGGCAAAGUAUUGAUUGACUUAUCAAAGAAAGAUCUAAUCAAGGGUUUUACACAAUGGUAUGAACUAACAGCAAAUGGCCAACCAAGAAGAUGAUAUAGAAUGUUACGAUUACUACUUACCAAAGAACAAGCAUGCUUUCCCUUACAUUAAAAUGUAUAUAUAUAUAUUCUAUAUUUAAUAACUAAGAAUAUGUGAGAAAUGCAUACAUUUUGGUGUGAAAUUUAUAGUUUUUCAGUGUCUGAUUAACAUUUACAAAAGAUAAAAUCUAUGAAAAAUUGAAAUUUCCUGAGGCCAGAUUUAAUGUUUAAAUCCUGUUCUAAGGAAAGUGGGAGCACUGUGAAUAGUAAGUUCUAUAUUCACAAAGUGGAUUUUUUCCAAUUUUUAGGUAAUUAUAAGUAGUCCCUAGUUUACAAAUAUAUACAAAGGAAUAAGUAUGAUUGAGUUGAGGUAGGGAGCUUCUGAAUUUCCCCCACCUUGAAGGGGCAAUUAUUUCCCUUAAUUUGGAACGCUAAAACAGCUUAUCUUAUCCUGAGCAAAUGUAGACAAUUAGCAAAGUGAUCAAAGUGCCAAAUUCUAAACCCCCCUCAGACUCAUACAACAGUAUAAGUAUUCUUCCUCUCCUCUAGAUUUUUUUUUUUUUGGGGGGGGGGGGGGAACUGAGGCAAUUGGGGUUAAGUGACUUGCCCAAGGUCACACAACCAGGACUUAAGUGUCUGAGGCCAGAUUUGAACUCUAGUCCUCUUGACUUCAGGGCUGGUGCUCUAUCCACUGUAUUAACUGGCUGCACCUUCCUCUAGAUUUGAAAAAAAAAAAAAAGUUACAGGUGAUGCUCACAAAACUUAACUUCAGUACAUUAUCCUAUCUUGGGCCUUAUGUUCUCAUCCUUGCAAGUAGCUUUUUAGAAUAGUAAACUGAGGAGCAUGACACCAGACUGUCCUUUUUUAUUUUUGCCAUCCCCCUGUACACUGAACAUAGCUCAAUAAAUCUUUUUUUUUUAAUUGAACCAUAUGAUAUUGAACUGGAUUGAAUUAGAUGAAAUAUCCUUUUUUAGACUGACCUGGGAGCCAUUUAUAAUAUUUCUAAGAGGAAAUACACUCAUUAAAAAUUAAACUGUAAAAUCAGGGCUAUUUGUAUUAUGUUAAGAAUGGUAGUUAUGGUGUAAAAUUAUGCUAUAGGAACUUGGGGUCUAUUUCCCUAUUCCAAAAGAUUAUUUUGGUCACCAAAAUAACCUUAUGCUGCUUUGAAAGCAAAAUAUGUAAAUUAUUUGUACAUACACUAAAUGGAGUUUUGCAUUUUCAUUUUUUAAAGUCUUUGUAGUUCAUUAUAUUAUAUAUAUAUAUGUUAUAAAACUUGGUCCUGCCCCAUUGCUUCCCCAUUUGUUAGGAUUAUCACAUUAAACACCACCAUAAGCUUCACUCCUUUAAUCCCAUAACCCAAAAGAAAUCAAAUCUGCUUGAUCUUUUUCUUAUCACUAUCACCAUUUCAUUCAAGGUUCAAUUAUAUCUACUGCUUCCUAAUGGGUCUUUAUGCUUCCACCUUUGCUCCUUUCCCAAUUUACUUUACAGAUUAACUUUACUAAAACACCCCUUUCAUCAUGGCACCUCCCACUCUAAAUCACCUGAAUAAUGGCUUCCCAUUAUGCACAACAUAUAAAUUCUGAGGCCCUCCAUAUGCUAAAAUCACUACAUCUCUCAUCCCAUUCCUUUCUCACUAUUAUAAAAUCUGAAAUGCUUUCUUUCCUUCAACCAUUCAGAACCUAUAUACUUUUCAAGGUCCGGGUUAACUAUUUUCCUUUCAGUAAAGUUUUCCUUGACAACUCCAAUUCAUCAUGACCUCUUCUUUCAAUUCCUACAAUCCUUAACAUCUUUCCAUUCAUUUGGCAUCUAUGUAUUGAUUUGACAUCUCUUACACAGCUUAAUUUUAUUUGCCAUGUAUUUAUCUUGUCUGCUCAACCAGAGUGUAAUUUCAUUGAAGGCAAGGUUUACAUACUUCCUUAUAUUCCUCAAUAUGUAACAAUGCUAUAUACUUCAUAAAUAUGCAAUAAAAUUGUCAUUUAUAUCCAAA